AUGGCGGCUAUGGGAUCCCAAGAACCCUCUUUAAUUCGGUGUUCUUAUCACAUUUUCUUGAGCUUCAGAGGUGAAGACACCCGAAAGACCUUUACCGAUCACCUUUAUACAGCUCUGCUACAUGCAGGACUACGCACAUUUAGGGAUGAUGAUGGACUUGCGAGAGGAGAUGAUAUCUCCAAAAAACUGAUAAAGGCAAUUGAAGAGUCGAGAAUUUCAAUAAUUGUCUUCUCAAAAGACUAUGCAUCUUCAACAUGGUGCUUUGAUGAACUUCUAAAGAUCCUUGAACGCAAGAAGAGUGUUGAUCAUAUGAUUGUGCCCGUGUUCUACCAUGUGGAUCCGUCCCAUGUUAGAAAAUAG